AGAAAAGAAGCAGACAGCAGUUCAUGAAAACAAGGAAGUAAAUGCUGCUGGACUGGAACUGUAGCUUUCUUUACUCUGUUAGAAGUGAAAUGUGUCAGUUAGCAGCUCAGGAAAAGAAAUAAAGCAACAUCGAUUGAGCUAAAGAAGUUAGCCGUUAAGCUAACUGCUUUACAGACACCAUAUUAUUACCUUUAACAGCCCAGUUAGACAGAAACAAAGGGUGAGGAAGACACGGACAAAUAUUUCAGCCACAAUGGAUCACAAAGAGGAGUCUCUGGAAGGGGCCAUAGGGCUGAAUCACGAUGAUUUGCCGCAGAUGGAUGGCUCCUGUGACGCGUGUGAGCCUGAUGAAGCCCAACCUGCGACUCAAGUGUGCCACAUCUGCAGCUUUGCCUUCUGCCCUCUUCAUGCUGAAAGACAUGCCAGCAGCACGCGACACACAUUAAUGCCUUACAGCGGCGAAGACGCACAGCCCUCUGCUCUGGACUCAGACAGAGAUCGCAGAGUCGAAGGUGCAGCUGGGAUUGAAUCUGGUGAAAAGAGGGCAGCUGCAAUGGGUGAAAAUCAGGGAGAGGCACAAGGCGCUGAGAAUGGGGGAGCUGAGGAGAGAAUAAACGACCAGAAUGAGGGCGGAGGUGUGGAUGAGGCCGAGGCUGCUGGUGAGGCAGGGAAGAGGGACACAGUGACAGUGGAGAGGCUGCGCUGCAAAGAGCACGGUCAGGAAGGCUCCCUCUACUGUAAACCUGACGAGCAGAUCAUCUGCGUGGUUUGUGCUGUGCAGGGCGAGCACAGAGAUCAUGAAAUCAUUACUCUGCACGAGGCCUAUGUGUGGCAGAAGAGCAGGCAGGGUCAUGACCUGCUGGCCUACACGCAGCACAUGGCUGACAGGAUCAAGACCAAGUGGACCAACCCAGAGAUGUCUACAGAGGAACUAGAAGAAUAUGUCAACGGCCAGUUUGAUGAGCUCCGCAGGUUGGUUCGACUGGAGGAGAGGAGGACCCUUCACCUGGUGGACCUCAAAGAAGCGUUCCUCACAGCAUCGGCUGCAGAGAAAAUAGCUGAGAUCACCCUCGAAACUGAAAAACUGCAGGAGGAGAUGGAUAACAUCACACACCAGCUGUGCCUGCUGGAACAGGCCGAGGCGCAGGCCAUAGGUCCCGCAGCAGUGGCAGAGGUCCUUGCAGCAAGCCCUGGACCAGUUCACAGAUUACUUCACAACAUUGAAGCCAGGCCAAGAGUGCCAGAGCCAAGGGCAAACCCCAUGGACCCGAGGGACCUUGAAGACAAUGAUUCUGGACCAUCUAUGGACCACGCCCCGUGACUGGAGCAGACCAGACUCCUCAUGCAUCCACCUGCCCUUCACGAUCUGCUUCACCCCACCGUCAGACCAGUGGAGACGUCUGGCCAGCCUCUUCUCUGUCAGUCAUUUUCUGUACCUCCCUCUCAUUCUCUGCCGGAGACCUUGAAAGGAGGCUGCAGGGACAAAUAUGGAUGGCCACAUCUUUUCAACAUUCAAACUUUAUUAAUUCCUCACUUGCUACAAACUUUCUUUAAUUGAAGCAGUCAAGUAAUGUGCUAUCAAUUACAAUCAGGCUCAAUUUCCACAGCCUCUCAGAUCUUACUGGGGGCCUGGCUGACUUAGAGAGGAGCUUUGGCAGGCAGCUGUGCAGAGCAUCUGUUAAGCUCCACAGAUGUCAGAAAAACAAAAGUAUAAAACAGUGAUUUAUAAUCAUCUAUUUGGAAUAAAAUUCUGUUUAGACUCUGCCGUUCUGCCUUAUAUCUUUUCUAGAGAUGAUAUUACAUCUACAGUUGCACUGAUCAGGCGUUGUUUGGCCAAAACCAGUUUGAAGUUUUCUUUAAAGUCUGGUCACAUUUAAUCACACCAGAUCUGUUCGGGGGGUUUUUGUUCUUUUCUUUUUUGUUUAUCUGUUUUUUUCUUCAAGAACUGUACAAUAUAAAAAAGAACAGAUUUAAAGUUGUGCUGCAAUUUCAUUAAUAACUGAACUAAAGGUGAAGGAAUUAUAAAAAUCAUAUCCAUUUAAAGUUAGGAUCAGAGAUUUACAUACUGUCACUGUAUGAUAACUAAAAUAUUUAGUAUCAUCUUUGAAUUUAAAUUGCACAAAGCUUUUUAAAAUGUUGCAGAGCGCGCCUUAAACUGUAUGACUAUGGCCAGAUGUUUUGUUUUUCCAUUUUCACAAUAGUUCUGUGAAUUUUUGGCCCAUUCCUCCUUAUAGAACCGAUCUAAGGAGUUUGUUUUAUUUUGCUUCUUAUUUUUUUUUGCUGCUUGCUUUUUUUCUGGCUUGUUUGUUUUGGUACUAAAAUGGGGCUUUGCGAUGGCCGCUGACUUUAUUCUUCUUAAUCCGCUUUAUUAGUUAUUUGGUACUGUGAUGAGGGUCAUUAGCUGUUUCCUUUCACAAAUGUCAGCAAAACUAUGUCCAAUUUUGAAAUUGCGGUAUUUUUAUUAAAUAAUAAACACAAUUAAAAUUGCAAAUGGAUAUUUUUAUAAAUGUGAUAAUUUUGAAAACAAAAUGGCGCCUCUAUUGUAGAUAUAUCCGUAUCUUAGCCUCAGCUCUAUUGGGCUCUAACUAUUUCCAGUCCUCUUCCUACAAGGCAGUAAGGUCCAAUUAUAGAUCAUGUGACUCGAGUUAUGCGGAAAAAAAGUUUUUCCAUUGCAGUUUUGUAAAAUAUAAAAACUAUUGAGAAUUAUUGUAAGUAUUAUUGGAAUCACACCUAAUGUCUAUUUGGAAGACGCAUUUUAGUCAAGCUUUUAAUUGAUUGUUGCUUUAGUGCGUCUAUAUUCCUCUAUAGUCAUCUUUCCUCCUUCCUAUAUUUCAAAGUAACCAAAAAAAAUACUGUCAGGUAGUCAGUAAUUUCCCUCUGGUAUUAUAAAAGUAUUUCUGAUUCUGAUUCUGAAAAGGCUGUGUCUACAGUGCAUUGUAUGUGAAUAUCUGAUUUGGGGCUGUAUGCAUCAAAGCAUAUGCCCCUAGUCAUUGGCCGGUCACCAGUAUUAAGGUAUACCAAGAUUUUAACGAUGGUAAACUUUCUAAAAGCCAACACAGCUUUACUGGUUUAGUUGAUAUAUAAGAGAAAGUGUCAAUGAAGUAACUAAGUGUUGAUGCGCACUGCUUCUCAUUUGGCUGAAAGAUGAUUCUGUUUCCUUGCUUACAAAAAAAGACAAAUUUGGCAGUUUGGAAAUAUUGACAAUAAUGCUAUGGAAACAGGAUUGCCACCAAUAUUCACUCCAGUCUCUUCAUCUCAUUUAUUAACUAUCCAUAAAAUAGCAUCAUAUUCCCUAAUUUCUUGCAUUUAUUAGACCUAAUUAAGGUAAACUGCCCAUUUCUGGUUAAGUGAAUAUUGCAGCUCUAUUACAUCAAUGUAUAAGGGUUUUAUUGGGUUGGAAUAAGGGAAACGAAUAAAUGGUGUGUUGUUCUCCACCAAACUGUGGCCUUCACCUAUCUAUUUGCUGCAUAUGAAAGAUUUUUUAGAUUUGUUUACAAUUGGUCUUGUUUGUAGCUGAUAUUUUAUCACAAUCAUGUUAUGUUCUGAUGUAUAUUGAUUGUUAAAUGUUGCUGAGUCUUUUAUUAGAUAAAAUCAAACUUGUGUUUAACUGUGCAACAACAGCCCCUCUGCAUUUAUCAGCUCUGUGUGUACUGUAGUGUAAAGGCUCAGUACUCUCCACCCGUCUGCAGCGAAUGACGGAUUGCCGUCCAGCGAUGCGUUUGCACUUUUACCUUGACCUGCUGAGUUGCAAACAUCACUCAUUAUGCAUUGCCACAGUUUUGUGUACAUAUCAGCAGUUUGUUUUUAUUUUGAUUGAUUUUGUUGUCUUAAAAUCAGAAACAAGGUGCUGUCAUUAAUGAUAGGUGGGAUGGGUUUUACAAGAAUGAUUUUACUAUAGUCGUGCUGCUCAAGGAUGCACUGAAGUUGUAGAUCUACUUAAGGGAAUAGUUGGAGUUAACGGCCUCUUGGAAAAUAACGACAAAAUCUUAUUCUGUAUAUUUACUUUGACAUCAAGAAAGAGUCUGAUUGUCUGUUUCCUUCUGUUUUAAUUUGUCUGUUUUGGUUUUUAAAUCAAUAAAUAAAGAGCCUGCUUCUUAUA